CCCAGAACCCCAGACCCGCCCCUCCCCUGCAUCCCGGCUCCGCCCGGCACCUUGCCCCUCCCUCGCCCCGCCCCUCCCCGCCUGAAUCCCGGCCCCCGCCUCGCAUUUCGGCCCCGCCCUGCACCCCAGUCCCGCCCCUCCCGCACCCCCACACCCCUGCACCCCCGCAUCUCAGCCCCGCCCUGCAUCCCGACCCCGCCCUACAUCUCGGCCCCGCCCUGCAUCCCGGCCAAGCCCGCAGCGCAGGGAGCUGUCUGCAGAGGCCAGGGUGCGCCUGCCACGAAUCCCCAGGCACCGGUGGCCGCCGCGGCCCGAGUAGCUCGGCGGGUAAACAUGGCCGCACUGACGACGGUUGUGGUAGCGGCUGCGGCCACCGCGGUAGCCGGGGCUGUGGCAGGGGCGGGCGCGCCCACCGGGACCGGCGUGGGAGCGACGCCAGCGCCUCAACAGAGUGAUGGCUGUUUUAGUACUUCAGGUGGAAUUCGUCCUUUUCAUCUCCAAAACUGGAAGCAGAAAGUUAAUCAGACUAAGAAAGCAGAAUUUGUACGCACAGCAGAAAAAUUUAAAAAUCAAGUAAUUAACAUGGAAAAAGAUAAACACAGUCAUUUCUACAACCAAAAAAGUGACUUCAGAAUUGAGCAUAGUAUGCUAGAAGAAUUGGAAAAUAAAUUGAUUCACAGCAGGAAAACAGAAAGAGCAAAAAUCCAGCAACAAUUGGCCAAAAUACAUAAUAAUGUAAAGAAACUUCAGCAUCAGUUAAAAGAUGUGAAGCCUACACCUGAUUUUGUUGAGAAGCUCAGAGAAAUGAUGGAAGAAAUUGAAAAUGCAAUUAACACUUUUAAAGAAGAGCAGAGGUUGAUAUAUGAAGAGCUAAUUAAAGAAGAGAAGACAACUAAUAAUGAGUUGAGUGCCAUAUCAAGAAAAAUUGACACAUGGGCUUUGGGUAAUUCAGAAACAGAGAAAGCUUUCAGAGCAAUCUCAAGCAAAGUUCCUGUAGACAAAGUAACACCAAGUACUCUUCCAGAAGAGGUACUAGAUUUUGAAAAAUUCCUUCAGCAAACAGGAGGGCGACAAGGUGCCUGGGAUGAUUAUGAUCACCAGAACUUUGUAAAGGUGAGAAACAAACAUAAAGGGAAGCCAACAUUUAUGGAAGAAGUUCUAGAACACCUUCCUGGAAAAACACAAGAUGAAGUUCAACAGCAUGAAAAAUGGUAUCAAAAGUUUCUGGCUCUAGAAGAAAGAAAAAAAGAGUCAAUUCAGAGUUGGAAAACUAAAAAGCAGCAAAAAAGGGAGGAAAUUUUCAAGUUAAAGGAAAAGGCAGACAACACACCUAUGCUUUUUCAUAAUAAACAAGAGGAUAAUCAAAAGCAAAAAGAGGAACAAAGAAAGAAACAGAAAUUGGCAGUUGAAGCUUGGAAGAAACAGAAAAGUAUAGAAAUGUCAAUGAAAUGUGCUUCCCAGUUAAAAGAAGAAGAAGAGAAAGAGAAAAAACAUCAGAAAGAACGCCAGCGCCAGUUUAAGUUAAAAUUACUACUAGAAAGUUAUACCCAGCAGAAGAAAGAACAGGAAGAAUUUUUGAGGCUUGAAAAGGAGAUAAGGGAAAAGGCAGAAAAGGCAGAAAAAAGGAAAAAUGCUGCUGAUGAAAUUUCCAGAUUUCAAGAAAGAGAUUUACAUAAACUUGAAUUGAAAAUUCUAGAUAGACAGGCAAAGGAAGAUGAAAAGGCACAAAAACAAAGAAGACUGGCAAAAUUAAAAGAAAAGGUUGAAAACAAUGUUAGUAGAGAUCCCUCUAGGCUUUACAAACCCACCAAAGGUUGGGAAGAACGAACCAAAAAGAUAGGACCAACAGGCUCUGGGCCACUUCUACAUAUCCCACAUAGGGCUAUUCCAACCUGGAGACAAGGAAUACAGAGAAGAGUAUGAGAUAAUGAAAUUGCUACUCAGUUGAUAAGAAUGUUAACAUACUAAGUUAUACCAGGGAGAGAGUGACUAACCACAUUCUUUAAAUAUCAAUAGCUUAGUCAGAUUGAUUAUUGUGCCGUAUUGUGAAUUGAGAGGUAUUAAGUUUCAUGAGGCUUUGUCAUUAGUAUUCCUGCUUCUACCAAGAAGGUAUUUAAUAUAUGUGUUGGCCUAUUAUUGAUGUAAAAGUUAUUUAAAUAAGUUAAUGUUAGAAACAUUAUUCAAUUUAAAUACUGAAAACAUUUCAAAGAGAUUUUGUUUUUGUUAUAGCAUAGCAAAAUAAAUUGGAACAAUCAUACAAUGACAUUUUUUAAACCAAAAUUUUGUAACUUUUAUAACUUGGAGUUAAGUUAGCUUGAGUAACAAAAAGGUAAAGUGGUUUUUGUUUAGAGUUAUGAAAUGUUAGUACUUUUUCUAUGUUUAACAAAUUGGCAGUUUGUCAGUUAUGACAUUUUUGUGUAAUAAAUAUUUUGUACUUGUUUGAA